AUGCAUGUCUUGCCUCUCUCUCCCAUCCACACAGGCAGUUUCUCGUGACCUCCAAACCAUCAAGUCAUCAUCCUUGCCUUGACCCGAUUUGCCAAGCCAACAAAUCGUCUCGAAGAAAGCAAGACAAGCCCGCCGUCAUGUCUUCCAACAACCUCAAGGGCCUCAACACGAGGACGCAUCCUCACGUCCCGUCCUGGUUCUUCAUCGUCCAGCUCGUCGUCCUCGCCCUCGGCCUCGGCGUCUUCAUCGCCUCCGCCUACAGCCUCUCCUUCUUUGACGGCUACGGCUACGCCGGCGCCUACUCCGGCUCGCCGGGCUUCCUGCUCUUCGCCGCCCUCCUCAUCUUCAUCGUCGUCGGCAGCCACAUUGUUCUCGAGCGUUUCUUCUCCCAGUGGUACUUCCGCCUCGCCUUCGUCAUCGGCUACGUCUUGACCAUCAUCUUCCUCCUCUCCGCCUGGGCCUGGGCCGCCAGCAUUGCCAGGCUCUUCAACGGCGACGUGUGCGACGCCUUUGGCUGCUACAGCAAUGACGGCAACGGCUACGGCAGCGCCAUGGCCGCCGGUGCCGCCCUCGGCGCCUUUGCAUGGGUCCUCCUGAUCGUCCUCCUCGUCUUCUACAUCCUCGCCUCGCUGAAGGAGGGCCGCGGCGAGGUCGCCCCCGUCGUUACCGCCGCCGAUGCCGAGAUGGGCCACGUCAACAAGGAGGCCCACCCGCCGGCCGUCGCGGCCCCGACGGAGCAGCAGCCCCAGCAGCAGUACCAGCAGCAGUACCAGCAGCAGCAGCCCUAUGCCCCGCAGGACCAGACCCAGCAGUACGCCCCCCAGGAGCAAUAUCCUCCCCAGCAGCAGUAUCCCCCUCAGGAGCAAUAUCCUCCUCAGCAGCAGUAUCCCCCUCAGCAGCAGCAGCCGCAGCACUAA